UGGAUUAUUUAAACAUAAUUUUUUAAUAAAUUGUUAAAUAAAUACACAGUGUUUUUAAACUGAAAAACUUAUUAUUAUUUUUAAUAAUAAUAAUUCAUUCACUAUUUAAUAAGUUUAUUAUACUGUUGUACACAAAAUCAUUUUAAUCAUUUCUCCCAACAAUUACUGUAAAUAAUUGAUUAUAAUAUGAUUUUUGUUUAGUUUAUAAAUAGUAACCAUUUGGCAAAAGUUGCUGUUAUUUUAAAAUUAAUUGUUAAACUCAACAGUUGUUUAUAAAUAAAAUAAUAAUAAAUUGAAAUUUUUAUUUAUCGUUUCAUUGUAUUUAUAAUUACAGUAAAUAGUGUGAACAUUAAAAAUAAAAUGAAAUUUCAAUUGAUUUUAUUAUUAUGUUUGAUAUCAUCAAUUGUUUCAAUUGAAAGGGAGCCCAGGGAUGCCAAACCUCGACGGGCCAGGGGGUAUAAACCGAAAGUGGUCUCAACACAAAAUAACGUUAAUAACGCUAGAAUCAGUAGCAAAAAUGAUCCAUUAAAAUGGGGUAUAAUGGGAGCCGGAAAAAUUAGCAAUGAUUUUGUGGCCAUUACUAAAAGUAUGCCACAACAUCAGUUUGUUGCGGUUGGCUCUCGGCGUCUAUCGUCUGCUCAAGAUUUUGCUAAUCGACACAACGUUUCCAAAGCUUAUGGAUCUUAUCUCGAGUUAGCUAACGAUCCCGAGGUUCAGGUGGUAUAUAUCGGUACAGUUAAUAACGUACACUUAGAUAACGUACGACUAAUGCUUGAACACGGAAAGCAUCUGUUGGUUGAAAAACCAUUGGCUAUGAACUCUAAGCAGGUCGAAGAGAUGGUAUCACUGGCCAAAAGCAAACGACUCUUUUUUAUGGAAGCACUGGUCGAAAGGUUUACCCCGUCUUUUGACUUUGCCUUUGAACACAUCAGACGCGGAACUAUUGGUAAUGUUUAUCACGUAAAUGGAGGACUCGGCUAUAGGAUGGUUAUGGAAGACCGGGUAUCUACUAGAGAGUUGGGCGGCGGAACUGUACUCGAUUUGGGUAUUUACGCCAUAGGAUUGGCCGACUCGGCAUAUGACGGUGAGAUGCCAUCGAAAAUCGAGGCCAUCGGCAAUCUCAACCAAAACGGUGUUGACCUUAACUUUUCUGCUAAUUUGAAAUAUGGCGGCAAUCGGACAGCCAGUAUAUUUGCCAACGGUUUGCUUAAGUUACCUAACGAUGCUUUUAUUAUCGGUACAAACGGUACAAUUAGAAUUGCCGGUAAUUUUAAGUCAUCCGAAAGGGUUUAUAUCAACGAUGUUGUCCAUGAUUUUCCGUUCCCGAAGACUGAUGAACAUCUAUUCUAUGCACCGGACAGUCUAGCACUGAGAUAUGAGGCCGAAGAGGUCCGCAAAUGUAUUAAUGAGGGACGCAUUGAAAGUCAAAAGAUGUCACAUAAGGACAGUAUAGUUAUGGCCAAAAUUGAAGACGAAAUACGCCGACAAAUCGGUGUAGUCUAUGACGUUGACUAACGGAACUGAUUAUAUGUUUUUUAUAAUUAUUUUUUAAAUUUUUAUCUAAUUAUAUCAAUAUUUUAAAAUA